AUGAGCACGAGUGGCGAUCUCGACAAGAUUCGCUACAGCUUCGACGCCAACCUCGUCAUGGACGGUUCUGGCCGGAAGUUGUUCCAGUUGCGUUACAAGGACGCCUGUGGCGUUGACUCCGUGGCCGUCUGUCGCAAUGACUUGGAGCAUCUCCUUGCAAAUAUCCUGCCUCAGGCGGCCACCAUUCGUUUCCAGCAGACAGUGAACCGAUACGAAACACACGACGAUAAAGUCCAAGCGACGUUGAAAUCCGGCGAAGUCAUCGAGGCGGACCUCCUCAUUGGCGCUGACGGACUGCGCUCCUCCACUAGACAGCACUUCUGGAGCGAGGGAAACUGUCUCGAGGACCUGGGGUACUCGUACGCGGCUUACAGCGUCAACAGCAAAGAUAGCCUCGUAUCGGACUGCGUGUCGUAUAAUAACCCGGGCCAGCUCGAUGCGUUAUACCGCCUACGAGAUAGCCAGCUCGCAGCGCUGCACAUCUGGAGAGACGAGACAAAGAAGAGACCAUGCCAGGAAGUGGGAUGGGCUGCCAUACGCACCGUUACUGCCAAUAGUCAUCCAUCUGUGGUGAAGGUGGUGCAUGACGGCGCCGAAUCAGGCGCUGCGCCCAUCAUUGACCGCCUCACGAUGGUGACCCUGCCGCGGUGGUCCAAAGGGCCGGGUCGGGCGGGCAUGGCGCUCGCGUCGGCAGAGUUGCUUGGCUUGGAACUGAAGAAGACGGGAGGGGACGUGGCGGAGGCGUUGGGGAGUCAUGAGAGACAGCUGAGGCCGAUUAUUGAGAGGCUUCAGGAUAGGACCAAGACUAUGGCCAAGAUGUACAUCCCGAAGAGUACGUUCAUGUACUAUUUGCGGAAUGUGACGAUUCGUGUCAUGCCGUACUCGUGGUUGGUAUCGUGGCAUACGGGUAGUGUUGUGGCCGAGUUGGACUUGGAGAAGAGGGAAGGAGUGCUAUGA